AUGGCUGUUCGCGCGCAAUUCGAGAACUCAAAUGAGGUCGGUGUCUUCGCCCGCCUGACAAACUCCUACGCCAUCGUCGCUGUCGGUGCCUCCGAGAACUUCUACAGUGUCUUCGAGUCUGAGCUUCAGGAUGUCAUUCCCAUCUGCCACGCCACUAUUGCCGGUACCCGCAUCGUCGGUCGGUUAACAGUUGGAAACCGCAAGGGUCUCCUCGUCCCAACCACAACCACAGACCAAGAACUGCAGCACCUCCGCAACACCCUCCCCGACAGUGUAAAGAUCCAAAGAAUCGAAGAACGCCUCUCAGCCCUCGGAAACGUAAUCUGCUGCAACGACCACGUAGCAAUCGUCCACCCCGAUCUGGAGCGCGAAACAGAAGAAAUCAUCGCCGACGUGCUAGGCGUCGAAGUCUUCCGCCAAACAGUAGCCGACAAUGUCCUUACAGGCUCUUACAUGUCUCUCUCCAAUGCUGGAGGUAUCGUGCACCCCAAAACCUCAAUUAGAGAUCAAGAUGAGCUUUCUUCUCUGUUGCAGGUUCCGCUCGUUGCGGGUUCGGUUAAUCGGGGAUCUCCUGUUGUUGGUGCGGGUAUGGUGGUUAAUGAUUGGCUUGCUGUUACGGGUUUGGAUACUACUGCUACGGAGUUGAGUGUUAUUGAGUCUGUUUUUAGACUUGGAGAGAUGGCACCUGGUGGUGCUGGACAGGGUCCUAAUAAGGAGAGUAUUGUUGAGAGUUUCUAUUAG